AUGAAAUUUUCCAUUGGAUUCCUCUUCGCCUUGUUGGCCAUAUUUUGUGCCAUUCAAUGCAGCUCAGCAGCCAAUGCUCAAAUCUCCAAAAAAGGACGUUUGGAAAAUGGUUUAUCUAAAGCCAAACACAAAGAUGCCGACUUAGCCAAUUUGGAUAAAAAGCAUAAGGAGGAAGCUAAAGAAGAAACUGAAUUGUUGAAACCCAAGGAGCACAAUGAGGAUGAUGACGAAGAAGAUGAGGAAGACCAGUUGGUAGAAUCGGAAAGCCGUGCCAGAAGGCGCCGCCGCUCCAGGAGGAGUAAUGUUCGUCGCAACAGACGCAAUAAGCAAAAGCGUCGUCGUGUUGUCCGUAAACAACGCAAGAACCGCAGAAACUUGCGCAGACAACGUAAACAGCGCAAGAAUCGUAAAAAUCGCAAGAAUCGUAAUAUUCGCAAGAACCGCAGGAACCGUAAAUUCAAUCGCAGACAACGUAAAAAUCGCAAAAACCGCCGCCAACAACGUCGUCGCAAUAGGAAUCGUUCCGGUUAA